AUGAGGCUAAUUGGCCAAGUAUUAAUUCAAGACCACUUCCAUCAUGGUAUGAUGACUCCAAGUUUGGUAUAUUCAUUCAUUGGGGAGUAUUCUCUGUACCUCGCUGACAAGGCCUCUGGCACGCCACCACUGUCCAACGAGUAUAUCACCACGCACAUGAUCCCAAUGAUGCAAGACCUCGUGACGAGGUACGAACCAGCUGUGAUCUGGAGUGAUGGAGACUGGGAGCAGCUGUCCACCUACUGGCAGAGCACAGAGUUCCUGGCAUGGCUCUACACCAACUCCACAGUGAAGGACGAGGUCGUGACCAACGAUCGCUGGGGAUCCGAGUGCCGUGGCAUCAACGGAGGCUACUACACUCCAGCCGACGAGUACAACCCAGGCAAGCUGCUGCCCCACAAGUGGGAGAACUGCUACACCAUGGGCUGGUCAUGGGGCUACUACGACAACCAACCAUUGCUGGCCUUCCAGACGGCCACCCAGUUGCUCACCGAGCUCGUGUCGACCGUCAGCUGCGGAGGCAACAUGCUGUUGAACAUCGGACCAACCCCGGAGGGCACCAUCCCCUGGAUCAUGCAGGAGCGUCUACAGGAGAUUGGCAACUGGCUCAAGAUCAAUGGUGAGGCCAUCUACUCGUCCAAGCCAUGGCGUGCACAGAAUGACACUGCAUCGCAGGUCGUCUGGUACACGAUGAACCCCACCACCAACGUUGUGUACGCCAUCUCGCUCUACUGGCCAACCGAUGGAGUGCUGACUCUCGCUCAACCAUUGAGCACAACAAGCACCACUGUAAACCUCAUUGGUUGUGAGCCUGCCUCUCUAUGUCAGAGUCUAUCAUUCCAAGGCAGUACCAGUGCACUUGGUAUGAACAUUAAGUUGCCACAACUUACUGAUCCUACCCAAUACCCACCAUCUGGUCUCUACGUCUUUGAGUUGCAUAAUGUUAAA